AUGACAAUUAGCCAACCACCUAAGGUUGGAAAACCAUACACCAAAUGGAGUGAAGUUCAAGACGAACAUUUCAUUUAUUUUAUUGCUGAACAAGUUAAGUUGGGAAGAAUGCAACAAGGAGGAUUAACGACCGAAGGAUGGGAUGGUGUAGAAAGAGAAAUGAAUAAGCUAUACGGGGACAAGUUAGAUAAGACUAAAAUGAAAAAUAGGAUGAGGACAUUGAAGAAAACAUAUGCUACUAUGAAGAGAAUGAUACACCAUAGUGGAUUUGGGUGGAAUGAGGAAACUCGAAAAGUUGAUGCUGAAGAUGAUGUUUGGGAGCAGUACCUUGCAGCUCACCCAAAAGAUGCUCAAUAUAAAACGAAGAAGCUGCCAGAUUAUAGUACUUUGGCUUUGAUUUUUGGAGAUACCGUUGCUGAUGGUAGGAAUGGGUGUGAAAUUAAUGAUGCUGAGGAUUUUCAAAAUGAGUUUUCCGAUGAUGAUAUAACUGCUGAAAAAGUUACUACACCUGCUUCUGAAGAUGUACAAUUUGUGGACAAUGACCGUGGAUGUUUUGAUCAGAAUAUAAACUUUACGAGUAAUGAAGUAACUCAAUCAUCUAGUCAAGAUAAGAGAGCAGGAAAACGACGUUUAGCUGAGCAACCAACUUUGACAUCACGUCCAAAAAGAAUUAGAAACUCUAUUGAAAGCAGCCUAUCCUUUUCCUAUUUUUGUAUUUGUGCUUUCAUGGAGUCAUGCGUUACACGCAAUUGA